AUGGAUAGGAACUUUGCUCAAAUACAGAAGGAGCGGCUCCCCACUCUCUAUGAGGUGCUGAUACAGAAGAGCGGUGCUCCGCUGGACCUUUGGUCUUUCUACACUUACUUGUCGCAGUUCCCGUUUGCAAUUAAUUACUUGGAUUUCUGGAUUGACUUGAUGGCACAUAUACGACUCUGCAAAGAUUUUAUCAAGGGUGUCCGACGAUCGAUUGGCGAGGCUGCGGAGAGAAACGAGGAGCAACAGGGUGGUGGUGGCGCUGAUGACACAGCGUCAGUUACAACGAGUGUUUUAAUGCAGACGAUAAUGGAGGAGGCACAGUUGGACCUCAACAGACCUGACGACGUUUACUCGUUUUUCCGCAACAGUCACCAGCAGGACGGUCUUGGCGAUAAUCUCAGAGCAAGUUCGCGAUACUCGGCAAGAGUGUCACAGAUGCUGGACGAGUGGAACGGGAGGACGAGUCACAGGUACACGGGCCAUAGCGUGGAUAUUUCGAACGGGAACUUGACGACGCUGAUGGACGAGUUUUUAAACGAGCAUAGCAAGACGCGGGGCGAUGGGGGGGCCUACAUCACUACAAAACAACUACUGCAUAACGCGACACACAUGUGUCGAACGUAUCUGAUAUCGAGGGAGGAGAGCGAACGAUACUUGACGAACAUUCCAACGGAGAUCCGCGAGUACAUUCUUGUAGGGGUCCUGGACGCCAAGAAGUACGACCCUGGUAUCUUUGAUGACUUGAAGACUCUGACGUACCAGUUCUUAGAGAUAGACUGUUUCCCAAAAUUUUUGAGCCAAGUGGCACUGCACAAUUUACACGAUGAGAUAUCCAAUUGGCGAUUUAAUAAAUUGGACAGCACCAAGUACAGUGGUGGUGGUGGCGCACUCACGGGGGACCCUGAGAAGGAUGCUGUCGGUUACCGCGGUGCACACACGCCGUUUUCAAACUACACGACCCUCAGCCGGAUCCUGUUCGGACUGCUGUGGCUUGGAAUCGGGUUUUGGAUCGGAUACACACUAAUUUUUCUCAAGUACAGCCGUGCCAUCAGAGUCGUCACCGUGGUACCGUUUGCUCUGGGCUGUUACUACUGCAUCUGCGGCCUGUACCAGGUCGAUAUCAUAUAUUCCAUAUUCGGCGUCACACAGAGACUACUACAGAGGGAAACAGCAGCAGCAGGGGAAGACCCGCCAACUCACACUGACGCCACUACUGCUAAAGUACCCUCUUUACUCGUUCUUUUCGGUGGCCGUGGCAGACUCCUCAAGAUCGAGCACGAGUUCACAAGAAGACUGCUGCUGCGCCGCGGCCUGUGGUGUCUGCUGCUCGUGACGUUCUCGACCGCAGCUUUCACCGUCAUCUUCAGUUGCGUCCCAGGUUACCGUGUGUGA